ACUUUUGUGAAGAGUGAUAAUUAAGAAAAUAACGAAACUACGAAAUAUCGCCCGAGACGAUUAAAAUACAUAUUAAAAGAUAUAAUAUAUAGCUUUAAUAAAAUAUUUAAAAGUAAAAAAAAAAAUUUAAUACUUAAAUCUUUUGCAAGAUUAAUAUAAAAUUAGUUUAUUCUAUUAGAAUUUAAAAAUUCCUUUUUUAUAAAUAAGUCUUUGUUAAUGGCUGAUUCAGGAAAAGAAUCUGAAAUAUCAUUAAAAAGAUUACCAAGAUCUCAGAAAAAGAAAUUAGCAAGAGCUAACAAAUUACAAAAAAUUAAAGAGAAAAGGAAGUCAAAGAAAGAUCUAAAGAAAUUAAAAGAUAAAGCUAUUCCAAAUGAUACCACGAGAAAAUACAGUAAAUCAAUUUGGAAACAAAGAUUAAAAACUGCUCUGGAAGAUGAAACUAGCCAGAAAAUUUGUAUAGAUUUUAGCGUUUCGAAUAUGAUGGACUCAAAAGAAUGUUGUAAAUUCGCCCAUCAAUUUAAUCGUCUAUAUGGGGCUAACAAGAAAAGCUCUAGUCCAGUUCAUUUACAUAUUACUGGUGUAGAUAAAGAAAGCGAACUAUAUAAGCAAUGUUCUGAAAAGAACGAGGGCUUUGAAGACUACUUGAUGACUAUUAGCGAAAAAAAACACUUUGAAUUGUUUGAUAAAGAGAAAUUAAUCUAUCUCACUCCUGAUUCGGAUACUCCUCUAACUGAAAUUGAUUCGUCGAAAAUAUACGUCAUUAGUGCUCUAGUGGACGAAACUGUUGAAAAAAAUGUAACUUUAAAUUCAGCAAAGGCGAUAGGAAUUAAUACUGCUAGAUUGCCAAUUGAAGAAUAUAUGAAAAGAGCCUAUGGAAAUUAUACUUUUAAUCAGGUUCUCACAACAAAUCAAGGUUCUUAUCAAAUUGUUUAUAUAAUAUUAGGGGCAUCCUAA